AUGGAGACAAACUUGGUUAAUGAGAAAACGAUAACGCAGAUGCGCCGGGAAGAGGCCAGUCGUGAGGAGGCGGACGCCGCGGAGGAGAUGGAGGCCGGGAAGCCGCGGCCGGUGCUGCGCUCGGUGAACUCGCGGGAGCCGUCCCAGGUCAUCUUCUGCAACCGCAGCCCGCGCGUCGUGCUUCCUGUGUGGCUCAACUUCGACGGCGAACCGCAGCCCUACCCCACGCUGCCGCCGGGCACGGGCCGCCGCAUCCACAGCUACCGAGGUCACCUUUGGCUCUUCCGAGAUGCUGGGACAUAUGAUGGGCUUCUGGUUAACCAAACUGAACUAUUUGUGCCAUCUCUCAAUGUUGAUGGACAGCCUAUUUUUGCCAACAUCACACUACCAGUGUAUACCCUAAAAGAGCGAUGCCUUCAGGUUGUCCGAAGCCUCGUCAAGCCUGAGAAUUACAGGAGACUGGACAUUGUGAGAUCACUGUACGAAGAUCUGGAAGACCACCCGAAUGUGAAGAAAGACCUGGAACGGCUGACACAGGAGCAUAUUGAAAAUCAACAGAUGGAAGAAGAGACUGAAGAUUUUAAUUGAAGUUUGCACUCCUGAGCCUCAGCUUUUGAUGGACCUGACUAUUCUUAAUCUAGAUAUAGGACUGGUCACUUAUUCUUGGUGUCAAGGUGUCUCAAUACUGGAGUAAAAAAUGCUCCAUUGCUUAAAAGAAAGUUAACUGACUUCUCUAGGUAUGUGAUGUUUAGGGGCAAAUAUCACAAAAUGUAAUGCCUGCGCUCUCUGGAAGUGUUUUUCAAGGGAAAGUAGUUGCAUUUUUGCCUCUUAGUAAGUCAGGAAAGUUUCUGUGUAAGAACCUUCAUGUAAUUCAGUGAAAACUCCAGCAUAUUCUUUGCUUGUGAGAAAGCAGCAGCAUCUGCUUUUAAUUGCAGUAUUGUGGUUGGUGUCUGCCUCCCGCUUUGAAAAGACUGUGAUGUCCUUGAGGCAGGGACAGAUCUAUCUGCUCUUUGAGACCCUAGUGCCUCUCACACUAUGAGCCUUCAUCAGUGUUUGUUGAAUGAACAAACCAAUGGAUACUUUGGUAGAAAGUGUUUGGAAGGUUUGCCCUUUUUUGCAAGGGGAAAAAUGGGGGACCUUAAAAUGUGUACAAUAAAUAAAUGUUUUGAAGGGAAUCAUUUUUAUAGAACACUUUUUAUAAUUUUCUAAAUUUUGUGCUUUUCUCUGUUCACUAUUGUUACAGUGCUGCUUUAUUUCUGUUUCUAAACCAGGAUUAGCUUUUUACAGUUACUGUGAUAACUUUUUUGAAACUUGACAUCUGCACAGAAGAUAGGAGAAAAUAGUGGUCCUUUUGUUUAACUCUGGUAUUAAGGAGAUACUACCGUACUGUAGAUAGGUUUCUGCCACGUGUGGUUAUUUCUGGCUUUUUUUUUGUAAGUUCAUGACAUUUCUGUUUGGUUCAGCAUUUUUCAUCAGGCAGGAUCUAGAUACACUUUGCACCUAGCUGGAGGAGAGCCCGAAGCUCUCUAAGCUCUGGGAAGUUACUGCUCACACACAGUGGAAUCAGAGAGUAGCCUGAAAUGUUUUAUAGUUUUAUAAAUGUACAAAUACUUUCUUAUAGGCCAGACUUAAAUUCAUUCAGUACUUCUAUCAGGCUUCCUUUUGUGUAACAGUUUUUAAAAAGUUCAAUAGAGAAAUUUUUGGAGAAGACAAAAAAGCAAAAGGAAGGAAAAGAUCACUGUAGAUAUAGUACUUAAACACAAUCACUAACUUAACAUUUUGAAUUUUCAACCCUGUUUAGGGCAGUUUUGGAUUGGUUUGUUUUUACAUAGUUGAGAUUAUACUGUAUAUACAGUUUUUAUUCUUUCUCAUUUAACUUUAUAACUUAAAUAUCUUUUCAUGGUAUCUUUAUAAGCUCUUCAUAGACAGUAGUACAAUCUAUCUUUUGUAAAUAAUGUUGGGCUAUUUCUUGGCGUCUUUAGUUCCUAUGCUAACUUCUGAGCACAAUCCCUGUGCUCUGCAGAGUGAAGUGAAUGAAACGAACACCCCACAGUCGUCUCACUAUCCUUUAAGCUUCACCCAGUCUGUUCCCCUCUUCCAACAUUCAGCAAAGUAGUCAUUUCUUUUUUAAGUAUGUUGUAAUACUCAUUCAGUGAUACACCUCUAAAUGUCUAAUUUUUUGUGUAGGGAAGGGGAAAUGCUGGUACUGAAGGUAGCAAUGUGAGAUCCAGAGUUGGCUACAGUGGGGAUUUAAGGAAGUCUGCUGGCGCUGGGUUAGUUAAGUGUUGGUUUUAUUUUAUUUUUAACCUGUCUUUGUGUCAAAAUGAGAUUUCAUGUUUCUCUUGUUAAAACAUGCAAUUUGAGUAUUGUGUGUUUUGGUAUUGUCCAAGUAAGACUGAAAACCUGUAGCAUGAAUAAUGUAUGUUUUUCGUUUGAAGUCUUAUGAAUGUAUUAAAUGUAUUAAGAGAC